AUGGCAGCCAGGGCCUCUCUAUCCCAUGGCGAUUACACGGUCGGGUGGAUAUGCGCUUUACCCUUGGAGAUGGCAGCCGCAAAGCUGAUGUUAGACUCCAUACACCCGAGUCUACCACGGCCGCCGAAAGACCAAAAUACGUACAUUCUGGGAAAUAUCGGGGAUCACAACAUCGUUAUUGCCUGUUUACCAAUCGGUGCUUAUGGAAACGUAUCAGCCGCUACAGUAGCGAUGCAAUUGCUCUCCACUUUCCACUCUAUCCGGUUCGGUCUAAUGGUCGGUAUCGGUGGAGGGGUACCAAGCAGCAACGCAGAUAUUCGACUAGGCGACAUUGUGGUGAGCCAGCCAGCGGGCACAUCUGGAGGCGUGAUUCAAUACGAUCUUGGCAAAGCGUUAAGUGGUGGUCAAUUCCAGCGAACAGGGAUGCUGAACCGGCCACCUAAGGUCCUGCUGACUGCCCUCGCUACACUCCAAGCCCACCACUUCACCGAAGACAGUCGAGUCUUUGAAUUCAUAUCCGACGCCCAAGCCAAAAUAAAAUCGCGGACGGCUGCGAAUUUUGCACGACCGACCAAGGGCGACUUUCUAUACCAAACUGAAUAUGACCAUACAGCAUCAGCCACGUGCAUCGAUUGUGAUAAGUCAAAACUGACUCUCCGGCCUUCUCGGGAUCAUGAAGAACCGGUAAUUCACUAUGGACUGAUUGCAUCUGGAAAUCAAGUAGUGAAAGAUGGCAAACAGAGAGAUCAGCUAGCUCAGGAGCUAGGAGUGUGCUGUGUGGAAAUGGAAGCGGCCGGGCUUAUGAAUGACUUUCCUUGCUUGGUCAUCCGGGGCAUUUGCGACUAUGCUGACUCACAUAAAAAUAAGGAAUGGCAAGGAUAUGCGGCAGCAGUGGCAGCAGCCUAUGCUAAGGACCUUGUUUUAAUAGUUCCAAUCGACCAUAUUGAGACUACUCCAACAGCACGAGAUACUCUAGCAGACUCUGUCCACCGCUUCAACAUCCCCCUAGACCUUACCGCAGUUCCUGUGAUUGAGGAAUUUAUGGGGCGACAAAACGAGCUAGAUAGUCUAUGGCAGUAUCUCCAACCAACAAAUUCGCCAUCGCGGAGAGUUGCAAUCGUUCAUGGGCUUGGUGGGAUGGGAAAAACACAGCUAGCGAUUCGCUUCGCGCGAGAUCAUAAAGAUGAUUUUACGGCUAUCUUCUGGCUUAGUGGCAAGGAUCGAGAUACGCUCUUACAAUUGUUAAGCUUUGCCUUAAACCGACUACCAGGACAGGGUUGGGAUAGGGAGGCGACUAAUGAAGGAGAGGUAGAGCAACGAGCCAGACAUAUGCUACGGUGGCUAGCAUUGGAGGGCAACUCGCGCUGGCUGAUCAUUUUUGACAACAUCGAUCAAUACUCCCCUUUUAAUAGCGCUGCUGAUAAGGGAUACGAUAUUGCGGAAUUUUUCCCCAAAGCAGACCAUGGCUCUAUCCUUAUCACUUCUCGACUUCAAACUCUGAGUGAGCUAGGGAAGUCUUUCCCAGCUCACAGGCUUGACUCUCAUAACUCAAUUGCAUUACUCCUACAAAGCAGUGGUUUAUUAGCAAGAAACACCACCAGCAAAUUUGAUGUCAAUCCAGAUCUCCUUACUCUUACCAAUCGUCUAGAUGGACUACCUUUGGCCAUUGUCAUCGCCGGGGCUUUUAUGCGGGAAACUGGAACCAGCAUCACUAAGUACUUGCAGUACUACCAAGAAUCUUGGUCUAAGCUACAGCGGCAAUCGAAUCCUGGACGUCAGUACCAGCAAGGCAAUAUGCUACAAACAUGGAUGAUCUCAUAUCGAGAAAUCCAGAGGCGUGACCCAAGGGCAGCAGACCUUCUACUGCUACUUGCCUGCUUCGAUAAUCGUGAUAUUUGGUUCGAGUUAUUAGAAAAUGCAUCUAAUAGCUCCGAAGUUCCAGAUUGGCUCGAAAGAGCCAUCUCAAGUGAACUUGGGUUUAGAGAUUGCGUGAGACCCUUGAUAGAAUUCUCUCUUAUUUACACAAAGCAACAAAAGGGAAGCUAUGCGAUGCAUCCUGUGGUACAGGAUUGGUGCGUCCACAUAGCCAGCACAGAUAAAAGUGUGGAUUCCCUCCAGCUUGAUGAACUAGCACUCGUAUGUGUUGGAUACUCGGUCCCUAAUGCAAGUGAACGCGAUUAUACGAGGCUAGAGCGACGGCUUAUUCCACACGCGAUUGCCGUACGCAAUAGAAAAUACUCUGCCGACAAUCUUUCCAUUUUGGGAGGGUUUCAUGGACUUGGCAAUCUCUACAGAGAUCAAGGGAAGCUGAAAGAGGCAGAGGAGAUGUACCAGCGAGCACUGGUAGGCAGGGAGAUGGCCCUCGGCCCAGAUCAUACAUCCACUCUAAUAACAGUCAACAACCUUGGCAGUCUCUACUCUGAUCAAGGGAAGCUGAAAGAGGCAGAGGAGAUGUACCAGCGAGCACUGGUAGGCAGGGAGAUAGCCCUCGGCCCAGAUCAUACAUCCACUCUAGAUUCAGUCAACAACCUUGGCAAUCUCUACAGAGAUCAAGGGAAGCUGAAAGAGGCAGAGGAGAUGUACCAGCGAGCACUGGCAGGCUAUAAGAAGGCCCUCGGCCCAGAUCAUACAUCCACUCUUCUCACAGUCAACAACCUUGGCAAUCUCUACUCUGAUCAAGGGAAGCUAAAAGAGGCAGAGGAGAUGUACCAGCGAGCACUGGCAGGCUAUGAGAAGGCCCUCGGCCCAGAUCAUACAUCCACUCUAGAUUCAGUCAACAACCUUGGCAAUCUCUACUCUGAUCAAGGGAAGCUGAAAGAGGCAGAGGAGAUAUACCAGCGAGAUCUUGUAGGAUGCGAAAAGGCCUUAGGCCCAGAUCAUACAUCCACUCUAAUAACAGUCAACAACCUUGGCAGUCUCUACAGAGAUCAAGGGAAGCUGAAAGAGGCAGAGGAGAUGUACCAGCGAGCACUGGUAGGCAGGGAGAUGGCCCUCGGCCCAGAUCAUACAUCCACUCUAGAUUCAGUCAACAACCUUGGCAAUCUCUACAGAGAUCAAGGGAAGCUGAAAGAGGCAGAGGAGAUGUACCAGCGAGCACUGGCAGGCUAUGAGAAGGCCCUCGGCCCAGAUCAUACAUCCACUCUAGAUUCAGUCAACAACCUUGGCAAUCUCUACAGAGAUCAAGGGAAGCUGAAAGAGGCAGAGGAGAUGUACCAGCGAGCACUGGCAGGCUAUGAGAAGGCCCUCGGCCCAGAUCAUACAUCCACUCUAAUAACAGUCAACAACCUUGGCAAUCUCUACUCUGAUCAAGGGAAGCUGAAAGAGGCAGAGGAGAUGUACCAGCGAGCACUGGCAGGCUAUGAGAAGGCCCUCGGCCCAGAUCAUACAUCCACUCUUCUCACAGUCAACAACCUUGGCAAUCUCUACUCUGAUCAAGGGAAGCUAAAAGAGGCAGAGGAGAUAUACCAGCGAGCACUGGUAGGCAGGGAGAUAGCCCUCGGCCCAGAUCAUACAUCCACUCUAGAUUCAGUCAACAACCUUGGCAAUCUCUACAGAGAUCAAGGGAAGCUGAAAGAGGCAGAGGAGAUGUACCAGCGAGCACUGGCAGGCUAUGAGAAGGCCCUCGGCCCAGAUCAUACAUCCACUCUAAUAACAGUCAACAACCUUGGCAAUCUCUACUCUGAUCAAGGGAAGCUGAAAGAGGCAGAGGAGAUGUACCAGCGAGCACUGGCAGGCUAUGAGAAGGCCCUCGGCCCAGAUCAUACAUCCACUCUUCUCACAGUCAACAACCUUGGCAAUCUCUACUCUGAUCAAGGGAAGCUAAAAGAGGCAGAGGAGAUAUACCAGCGAGCACUGGUAGGCAGGGAGAUAGCCCUCGGCCCAGAUCAUACAUCCACUCUAGAUUCAGUCAACAACCUUGGCAAUCUCUACAGAGAUCAAGGGAAGCUGAAAGAGGCAGAGGAGAUGUACCAGCGAGCACUAGCAGGCUAUGAGAAGGCCCUCGGCCCAGAUCAUACAUCCACUCUAGAUUCAGUCAACAACCUUGGCAAUCUCUACUCUGAUCAAGGGAAGCUGAAAGAGGCAGAGGAGAUGUACCAGCGAGAACUGGCAGGCAGGGAGAAGGCCCUCGGCCCAGAUCAUACAUCCACUCUAAACACAGUCAACAACCUUGGCAAUCUCUACAGAGAUCAAGGGGAGCUGAAAGAGGCAGAGGAGAUGUCCCAGCCAGCACUGCCAAACAAUGAGAAGGUCGCACAUCUCAAUGCAAGUACGGCACGGCGGGCUAUUAAGAAAUUCGCUAGAUUCUUUAAAUAA